GUUGGCGGUCCGUUGGGGGGAGCGGUGACAAAGCGCCGCUCGCGCCCGCCCGGCAGUUGGUCGGUUGGUGCAGCGGCGGCGGCGAUGGCGAUGCCCGGAGCGCGAGUCCGCUGUUGCUCGCGGCGGCCGCUGCUGGAGGCGCUGGAGCGCGUGGCCGAGUCACUGUGUGACCGGCUGCAGGGGGAGCGGCAACGGGAGGAGGCGCGGAGGAUAUUUAAAACUGCUGUACAGGAGAAUAUCCUUAUCAAUGGAAUGUUAUGGCACGAAGUCUCGGAGGAAGAUGAACUGAGAUAUGGAAAUGACAUAAAGAAUUUAGAUGAUGAUUUGGGUGAAUGUAUUAAGGAGACGUCCUCAAAGCGUAAACAGUUCCCCAGAAAGAUUGUUGGACAUCUUGCUAAAACCAUGAAAGCAGAAAGGGAAUUGUUGAAGCUUUAUCAAGUACCAGCAAACCCACAAAUGAAAUUGGAGAUUUAUCCAGAACAAGUAUCUAAGGAGAUGGAAGUAAUGAAAAUUACGUCGACCAUUUCUCAAGAUACGAGUAAUGCAAUGAAGGAUUUACCGGCCUUUAUGGAAAAAGCAGAAGGAGUUUUGCAAACUCUGAGUUUUGUUCCUGUCAUGAAACAAUCGCAGACAAAUAAGGCAGUCUUCUCAACCCAUACAGAGAUGGAGUUCCAAAAUAACGAAGAACAAGGUUUUCCAAGUGGGAAAAAAGAUGUCACUCCCGUUGAGACAGAUAAUAAAUUGUUGAGAAAUCGUAAUUCACAGAAGAGUAAAACACAAUUUUCUGUUAAUCACAAAUAUCCAAAGAGAAGAUUGCACCUUGAUCAAUAAAUCCUGAGUAAUAUUGAAUACCACCAAUUUGUAAAAUUUGUAUAAAAUGUAGUUAUGUUUUUAAUAAAUGUUUGACAAGUUGUGAA